AUGCCGCUCAUUGUCAUGUCUCAGGCUCGAGCAAUCUCAUUUUUUCAUCCUGGAUUGAGGUUCCUCUGUUGCCUGCUUUUCUGCUUCUCUAAUGUCGUUGCUCGAAAUUUCAAAGCACCUUCCGGUCGUUCUUUCACGUCUGCUUUCAAAGGCGAGGGUGAAGUUCAGGCAUCUCUUCUCGAUGUCUUCGAGGUUCAUCAGCCAGUAUUGAAUACCUCAAAUGGGACUUUCAGUAGCGUGGAACAAGUUUUGAUGAAUCAUUCUUUUGGCUUCAGCUACGGGCACCCCUUUAUUGGAAUUUACAACCCACCCUCACACAACUUUAGUCAUGUUGUUUUCAACUUGACCGUGGUCUCAGCGGGACGCCAGUUUGAUCGACUUGGAAUAUUGUACUUUGGGGAUGUGGAAAUUUUUCGAACGUCGACAGCUGAGCCCACGGUGGAUGGAAUUAAGUGGACAUACUUGAAAGAUAUGACUCCUUAUCUGAGUCUGUUCAAAUCUUCUCAAAAGACAAUCUUUGACCUUGGAAAUCUUAUUGACAACACGUAUACUGGAGCGUUCAAUGCCACCUUGACUGCAUUAUUUUUGAAUGAAACUGAUGGCCAUUAUACCCCUGCAGACCUGGUUGUGCCCGUAUCUGCGCGAUUGUCGUCCUCCAAUCGGCCAAGCGCAUUUUCAUUACCGGGGCAGAAUGCCAGCAACUCGAUUGCCAUUCCGCAGAAUAGUCGUCGUGCCGUCUUUACAAUUGCUGCUUGUGGUCAAGCGGAUGAAGAGUUUUGGUAUACCAAUGUCCUAGACUCUGACACGUUGAGCUUCCCAUCUUCUGGAGCCCUACUAGGCCACUCGCCAUUUCGUGAAGUGCAAGUCUACAUUGACGGUUUGCUGGCUGGAGUCCAAUGGCCAUUCCCAGUAGUGUUUACUGGAGGAAUAGCCCCUGGAUUUUGGCGCCCUAUUGUGGGUAUCCACGCAUUUGACCUUCCAGAACACGAAAUUGACAUCACCCCUUGGCUUCCUUUUCUCCGUGACGGUGCUGAGCAUACUUUUGAAAUUCGCGUUGCUGGUUUAAGCGCAGGCAGUGAUAACAAGCUCUCAAUAUCAUCACCCGUAGGCAACUACUGGGUCGUGACUGGGAAAUUGUUCAUCUGGCUAGAUGACUCGGACAAUGAUGCAAGCAAUGGUUCUUUACCUGAGGUCAUUGCACCCACGCCACAGAUUGACGUUGAGUCAUGGAUACAAACGUUUCCAAAUGGAACAAACAAGACUCUUUCAUAUUCUGUUAACGUGAAGAGACAUAUUCUCGUGUCGUCUCUGCAGAGCUCUCCUAUGGAGCAGCAGCGCGCAGCAAGUUGGAGCCAAUCUCUGACCUUUUCCAACAAUGGAAGCAUCUAUGACAAUGGAAAUACGCAGGACAUGUCUAUGCUGACCACAGGAACUGACGUGUCUCCCCUCGGACUCUACGCCAAACGAUACCAAUAUCCCUUGUCUGUCAACUCAACCUUUGACAUCGGCCCAAACAAUUCCCUUUCCAUUGGCGCUCGUCUCGACCGCGGGCUAGACGUAAAGACAUUUGCCACGGCUGCCUCGUCGUUCCCCUUUGAGCUUGGUACUAUAGGUACUACCAUUAACAGCGACGUUUCUGGGGCAGCAGGCACAUCCCUUUGGCCAUACGGAUGGACGCAGCUUCUCACAAGACAGAACGGGACUGCGCACUAUCUCUCCCUGCCUGGCCGGAAGACUUCGUACAGCUGGGGUACAACAGAACAGGCUUACUCGUUCAAGUCUGUUGACAAUUUCUUCACCCCUCUACUCUCAUCACCUGCGCUCCCAUUAUCCAAUAUUGCAAAUGACCUCCUGAUGGUGCCCCUCGGAGCAAACGGCGAUGCCAACGUCGACAACGGUUCCGAUCUCGACCCUGACCUCGACUCGGUUCCUCAAACAUACAGAUAUGACCGCCAUGUCAUUGCUUCCAAUGGAAAAGUGAUCGAAGAUGAAGAGACGAUUAAUGGCCAGACAACAGUUCAGUAUUCUGCGCCCCCGGGACGUAUUGGAGCCGCUAAUGUCGAUGAAUUUGCUGACGAGGAUGUGAACAAGUUGCUUGGCCGGGGGCGCAGUUGUUAG